AAUAGCGACUGGGAUCCGCACUCCUUCCGUAUCGUACGGGCCAAUCAGAAUCUGCGAGGGCGGGAUCAAUGUGGGCCUGACAGUCAAGCUUGGUUGCUAAUGUAAGCUUUGGAUGGGAUUUUGAACCCUUUGCCCGCUGUGAAGUGACUUGCUCCCUGGCUGAAGAGGCAUCAGGACGGAUACCAUAUCCUACCACACCUCUUCUUCUGCAAGCAAAACCCUUUGGACUUCUGGAUACUCUCCGGGAACUGAUUUUAAAGCGACUUCACUUGAAUUUAUUUAUUAUCUUUUUGAUCGGAAUGGAUCUUAAAAAGACCUAACCCUGAAUGGUUUGCUGUACUUUUUGAAAAGCUUGCUGCUGGAGUUUGCCAACUUUUAAGAGGCAGGUCGCUUAACGUCUUUCUGGAGAGGAACUUACUAAAAGCCCACAAUGGAUCAAGCCAGCGGUGGGGAUGACCCGAAUAAACCAUCUAAAAAGAAGUCCAGCGAGGACGAGGGUAAAAACAAAAAGCUGAACAUACACAUAAAAACAUUGGCUGAUGAUAUGCGUGAUCGCAUCACCAGUUUCAGGAAAACAGGGAAUAAGAAGGAGAAGCUGCUCAUACAGCACCCGACAGAUCCCCUCUCUUACCAAGUUGAGCUGCCAGUCCCACAGCCGCUUUUUGACGACCGCUCCCUGAACCUCUCGGAAAAGGAGAUCAUUGACCUCUUCGAGAAGAUGAUGGAGGACAUGAACCUGAAUGAGGAACGCAAAGCCCCCCUGCGUGGAAAGGACUUGAGCACCAAACGCGAGAUGGUGGUCCAGUACAUCUCAGCUACUGCCAAAUCUAUAACUGGGAGCAAAGUUGUGGGAGGACUGAAGAACAGCAAGCACGAGUCUACACUUUCAUCCCAAGAAUAUGUCCACGAGCUGCGUUCUGGAAUCGCGGAGGAAAAGAUGCUCAAUUGCCUGGAGUCCCUCCGAGUGUCUCUAACUAGUAACCCUGUCAGUUGGGUUCAUAACUUCGGUCAUGAGGGUCUUGGUCUUCUUCUGGAUGCUUUGGAGAAGCUGCUGGACAAGAAACAGCAAGAGAAUAUUGAUAAGAGGAACCAGCACAAACUUAUCCAGUGCUUGAAGGCUUUCAUGAACAAUAAGUAUGGACUGCAAAGGAUCUUGGGAGAUGAGCGCAGCCUGUUGCUGUUGGCACGAGCGAUUGACCCCAAACAGACCAGCAUGAUGACCGAGACUGUCAAAAUUCUUUCUGCUUUCUGUAUCAUUGGAGAGGAAAAUAUCCUGGAUAAGAUUCUCGCUGCCAUGACAAUUGCUGCAGAGAGGAACAAUAAAGAGAGAUUUGCUUCAAUCGUGGAAGGACUGGAGAACCAUGAAGCCCAGCAGCUUCAGGUUGCUUGCAUGCAGCUGAUCAAUGCCCUGGUCACCUCCCCUGAUGACCUUGACUUCCGGAUACAUCUACGCAACGAGUUCUUACGAUGCGGCCUCAAGAAGAUCCUGCCUGAGCUAAAAGAGACAGAGGAGCUCGACAUCCAGCUGAAGGUGUUCAACGAGAACAAGGAGGAGGACUCUAUCGAACUCUCCCAUCGCCUGGACGACAUCCGGGCGGAGAUGGAUGAUAUGAAUGAGGUGUACCAUCUCCUUUCCAAUAUGGUGAAAGAUACUGGCUCAGAGGCGUACUUCCUGUCAGUCCUUCAGCACCUUUUGCUCAUCAGGAACGACUAUUACAUCAGGCCUCAGUAUUACAAGGUGAUAGAAGAAUGCGUGUCUCAGGUGGUCCUGCAUCGCAAUGGCAUGGACCCCGACUUCGGCUACAGUAAAAGAUUGGACGUGGACUUCACCCAUCUGAUUGAUCAGUGUGUGGAUAAAGCCAAAGUAGAAGAGAGUGAGCAGAAGGCUGCAGAGUACUCCAAAAAGUUUGAUGAGGAGUUCAGUGCACGGCAGGAGGCCCAGGCCGAGUCUCAAAAGAAGGAAGAUAGAAUCAAAGAGCUGGAGGGGAAGAUCCAGGCUCUGGAGUCCCAGUUAACUAUUGAAAGAGACAACCUCAAAGAGGCUCAGAGACUCAUCAGUGAAUCUGAAGCCAAGAUAGCAGCGGGUCCAACUUCAGCUGGAGCACCACCUCCACCACCCCUAGUGGGGCCUCCUCCACCACCACCUCCUCCUCCACCUCCACCUGGUGGCUGUCCUCCCCCACCUCCUCCUCCUCCCCCUCCUCUCCCUGGGCACACUGGCAUUCCACCACCACCUCCACCGCCUCCUCCUCCUGGCGGAGGCCCUCCGCCUCCUCCACCACCCCCUGGGUGCGGGCCCCCCCCUCCGCCUUUCUUCGGGGGCCCAGGUGGGCUUCCACCACCUCCAUUGCCUGUCAUCAAGCUGCCUUAUGGACUGGAGCCCAAGAAGACCUACAGCCCUGAAACCGUGAUGAAGAGGGUGAACUGGACCAAGAUAGUGCCUCAGGAAAUGGCAGAGAAUUGCUUCUGGAUCAAAGUCAAAGAAGAGAAGUUUGAGAAUCCUGACCUAUUUGCUCAGCUCUCCCUCUGCUUCUCCUCGCAGAGCAAAGUGAAAAAAGAUGUGAAAGAUGAGACUGAUGACAGAAUGCAACAAUUCAAGAAAAAGGCGAAAGAGCUUCGGAUCCUGGAUUCCAAAACCGCACAGAAUCUUUCAAUUUUCUUGGGCUCGUUCCGCCUGCCUUAUGAAGAGAUCCGGGACAUUGUGCUGCAGGUGGACGAGGAUAGACUGAGCGAAUCACUCAUCCAGAACCUGAUAAAGAACCUGCCGGAGCAGAAAGAGCUGAAUGCGCUCGCCGAACUAAAGGGUGAAUAUGAAGAGCUAGUGGAGUCGGAGCAGUUUGGCAUUGUGAUGAGUUCAGUCAAACUCCUCCGGCCGCGUCUCAACGGCAUUCUGUUCAAACUGACAUUUGAGGAGCAGGUGAAUAACAUUCGGCCAGACAUCAUGAAUGUGACAUUUGCCUGCGAGGAGGUGAAGAAGAGUGAAAGCUUAUGCAAACUCCUGGAGCUGGUGCUGCUGGUCGGCAAUUACAUGAACGCCGGCUCAAGGAAUGCCCAGACGUUCGGUUUCAACAUCAGCUUUCUCUGCAAGCUUCGAGACACUAAAUCCAUCAGUCAUAAAACGACACUUCUUCAUUUCCUUGCUGAGAAGUGUGAAGAGAGUCACCAAGAGAUUUUGAGGUUUCCAGAUGAACUGGAGCAUGUGGAGAGUGCCAGCAAAGUGCCGGCUGAGCUCUUGAACAGCAGUUUGAGCACCAUGGAACGGCACAUCCAGAGGCUUGAGAACGACAUCAAGAACUUCCCCAAGACGGAUGACCAAAAAGAUAAGUUUGUGGAGAAGAUGAUGGACUUCUCCAAGCAUUCACGGGAGCAGUAUGAAAAACUGUCAACGAUGCACAAAAACAUGCAGAAGCUCUACGAGAGCAUAGGCAGCUAUUUGGCCUUUGACCCCCACUCGGUCAGUGUGGAGGAUUUCUUCGGAGAACUGGCCAACUUCCGCAUCCUCUUCAUGGAAGCAGUGAAGGAGAACCAUAAGAAGAGGGAGAUGGAGGAGAAGAUCAAGAGAGCCAAGCUGGCGAAGGAGAAAGCGGAGCGGGAGAAGCAGGAGCGGCAGCAGAAGAAGAAGCAGCUGAUUGACAUGAACAAAGAAGGAGAUGAAACUGGUGUGAUGGAUAGCCUAAUGGAAGCUCUACAGUCCGGAGCAGCCUUCCGUGAUCGGCGAAAACGUACACCACGCAAUGACAACCGUCGCGCAGUCCUGGAAAGGUCCCGCUCGCGCCACAACGCAAACCACCAAGCUCGAUGAUCGCCCACGCCGACCACGAGGCGCUAGAUGAGUGCCAAAGAGGCCAAAGAGGUGGAGUCCUGGAUGGCGUCUGAAGGAGGGACAGAGCACCCGUCACUGUAGCGCGCACUCACUCACACACACAACUGUGGAACAAAAGAAUACCGCAUCUCCACGAUAUCAUUCACAGACUUUGGAUUUUUUAAUGCCGUUCAUCUGAUGCCUUACAUAUUUAUUCAACACUUUCACUCGAAAUGUUGAUGUACUCUCUCGAUGGUUUUGAUUUAUACAAACAAAACAUAUUUUUAGGGCUGCUACUGUUUUUAAAGAAAAGGUUUGCUGUGCUUAGAAAUCCAUUUAAAGUGGUGUCAGUCUAAACUUAUUCGCAUCCUUUUUUUAAAACAAAAUACUACAGGAUUUAACAGGAAACAUCAAGUGUUUUGAAAAUAAACCUUAUGCCAAGAAGGACUGCUCCAUAGUGUAGGCUUAUCAUCCUGACAAACAUACCACACAGUACAUCCAGCAACGGAGGGCCAGCGGCCCAACAAGAGGAACAUGAAGCUUCCUUCAAAAAAGAGGGAGGAGUUACUUCAAAUGUUUUUUUCCUUUUCUGUUAAUCCCUUCUUCAACCAACAUCAAGACAAUUCUUCGAGCAAAUGCACAAGGAGUCCAUCUGAAUAUUUUUCUCAUUGCGUAUUCCAUGUAAUACCACAAGAGCUGGCCCGCUUCAGGGCAUGUGACUCAUGGAGCUUGAAACUAAUCUCCAUUUUGACGGGAUGCAUUUUAUUUUUCGUUGUGUAAUAUCUGACCGAUGCCUCCAGGUGCUGAUCUCUGUCCCACGGUCGCUUUUGCUGUUAACAUGAGAGACUGACACAUUUCUAAAUGCAUAUAACUGCCAAGAGGAGCUAACACGCCCUUUGACAUUUCCUGAAUUCACACAGGUUUUAGUGGAGGAGGUUUAUUGUGCUUUAAUAUGAAUCCAUUUCAAUACGUAUUAUUUUCAUAUAUAUAGAUAUGAAAAUAAUUCAUGACAUGUUUGGAGAAAGUUUGCUCCGAAUUCCACGUUUUUUAAAUUCUAUCCCGUUUUUCAGAAGAUAGAACAAUAAUCCCUUCAGGAUAACAAAAAAUGUCUCAAACAAACUCAUUUUGAUUCAACAAGUAUACAUAUUUGACCAUGUUGAAGAGACAAUAUAUUGAAUAAUACUAAAUAAUAUAAACAUGGCUCAGAAGCUUACAAAAUCACAGCUGAGAUUUCAAUGGCAAAACGUUGUAGAUUAAAAUACAAAAUGUUUUUAGGCUUAAAUGUCCCACAUGGCAUAUUGUAUUCAUACUGAUGAAGCUCUAACACCUGGUGCUUGUUGUUCAUGUACAAAACAGGUGAAACUUGUUCGCUUUGUUUCGCUCUAAGGAACCACUGUCGCACAGUUUCUUCACGUGAACUAUUUAUUCAUAUAUUCAUGCCUAGAGGCGACCCUGUCCCAUUACUGCCCUAAACUGUAAGCAGACGCUCCGAAAACAACCACUGAAUCCACACGGAGCGCGGGUACGACCGAAGAAGACAAGAUGACGAUAGUCUUGGCAAGUGAGUCUCCAACGGCCUCCGAUUCCCCAGCAUUAAUAGCAUAAGUGACACAAGUCUCUUUAAUGAUACUAUAACUCUGCUUUUAACUUUGUGUAUCUGUAUGCGUUUGGACGUGUGCACGUGUGUACGUACGUGUGUGUGUGUGUGUGUGCGUGCCAGCUCCGUAAUCUGACGGGAACGCAGGCAACAUAGGAUCCAGUGAGCUUGACUCGGCUGAUUAGAUGGAGAUUUACUUGUGAUGCGUCUGUUUCAUGACGCCUUGCAUGCCUCUAAAAAUGCAAUGUUCCACUUCAUCUGGACUCACGGUGCAUCCACAGGGCUCCGAGAAGUCUGCAUUUUGAAGAAGACUAUAAUUCUUCUGUGAAUAUGAGGUUGGAGUGGUUGCACAGAGGAAGGUUUCUGAUUUCCUCUUCUGUCCUCAUCACCUGUACAGUUGAGUAAAGUAUUGAAAAUCCUUUUUCCCCCCAACACCGAUGUCUUCUGUGACGUUGUCAUUGGAUACCGUACAUGCAAAAACAACCAGAUGUUUGUGUUUUACAAUUUGACUCUUUUUCUUGAUUUCUACAUGUGCCAAAUCGUUGUGGGUGGUUGGGUCCACCGGUUUCAACGUACAAUGACGGAAAAUGUGUGUUUAAAAAAAAAUCUAUCUCAAAGGGAGGUACAGGUAUUGUUUUUGUCAAAGUCUUGGAAAGAUUGUACAGGAAUAAAAACAUUUUUUUCUUAUUUAUUUUAAACCAUUGUUUAAUAAACUGAUCCAAUUUGGAACUGCAAUUCAAAGUAGAACAUUUAGAUAAAAAGGUAGAUAUCUGGUAUUUCUUUUCUAAAUUUUCUAAAACAAAACACUCAAAAUCUUUUGUAAAAUAGUAUUUAUUUGGAAUUAAAAACAAAUCUAUCAUCAUGAUGUCAUUGUAGAACAUAAUGAGCGAAGAGCAACAGUGUUAUUAAGUGUAGAAGUUCAGAUCAUGCAUCUUUACUGCAGCAGUGAACAAACAAUGCAACACAAAACUGAAUAGGAAAAGGGCUUUAUGCAACUAAAGAGUUGAAAUAAUUGUCCUAUAGUUGAGGCAAUUCCAGAUUAUACAAGACACUUCUGCAAUGAGAACACCGUCAUCAUCCCUGUAAGUGACUGUUGUACCCCCAACCUCCGCCAUUUCCUCUUAUAGGAUCAUCAGUAAGAAAUAUGUGUUUGUAUAGAAAAUAGCAGGAAUGUGUUUCAUGUCAAAGAUCUUGAAUUUCUUCCAUCAUUUUAAUGUAAAGACACUGGCCUCUCACCCGGCCGGUCAUCAUCCCAUUGUAUUGUAGCGUGUGACUAACAAACCUUAACUGUUGAUAUGACUUGUGCUCAUGGUAAAUGUAAGAAUAAGGAGGCAGGGCUAUGAAGGAUGUAUCAAAUAACUGUAAACAAUGCCAUGUUGGUGGCGAGCGAUGUAGCGAUGAAAAGUGCUAACUUGCCAUGAAUGACACUUUACCUCACGACAUGUUCUGCUCAGGCAGAGGAAAGUUUGUUCGAGAUGUUUGAAGACAACAUUGCGACUAAAAGAGUAAAAUAUUUGCAAAGUGUUUCGUUUGGUAAAUAGUUCCAGCUGCCACCGAUCCCGUUCUUUCCUCCAUGGUGAGUGCUUCCCGUUGAACCAACAGACCACGCUCAGAACUGUUGACAAACCUUUCCAACCACCGUGUGUACGCUGCCAUAUCCCUGCCUGCCCUCCUCGUCGUCAAUGAGUAUGUUUUAUUGUCUUAAGAAACAUUUAUAUUUGUAACAUGUUAAGUUUAUUUGUAUCCUUAAGACCAUAAAAAAAAAAAUUUGGUUAUGCACAUUGUCCUACCAUAAAAUAUGUAAUGGAAUAUGAUAGUAAAUAAUAACCACUUUGUUAUAAAAACUGAUUUCUGAAAAAAUA